ACUCAACUUUAUUGGUGAGUGACAGACUCCCCAAUGCAAUAUGGCGCGCACACAGACAAGCGGUCCAAUCGGCUUUCUCCAUUCCUGACAGCUGUCCAAUGACAGAGCCUGCAUCGGGCUGGAAACUAUUCAACAUGGAGACAACAGUUGAAAAGCUUGAGGCGAUGUUCCUGAAGUCCGAGGCAGACCUGGAGUACAUAGAGAAGCGGCUGAAACUGGACUUCAUCAACAACGCUGCAGAGAAUGGAUGUCCCGCUGAGGAGAACCCGGCGCUGAUGCUGGAGAAUCUGAGGGCCAUCAAGGCCAAACACACAGCGCUGUGCUCACAGGUGAAGGAGAUCGCAACCGCACAGAAAGAAUCCAUGGAUUCCAUCAGGAACGAGCUCGGCAGUGCCAUGGAGCUGGUCCAACACUUCCAGCAGACUGCUGAUGUGGAGGUGCCGCCGCUGACGGCGUCGGAGCAGGAGGCAGCAGAACUCCUGGGUACCGCGGUCAGUGAGACCUCAACCAAGGUGCCUACUGCGGUAGAGGCUUCAGGCCCCCAGCCCCCGCUGAGCUGUGAGUAUGAGGAGCUGAGUGAAGCCAUGUUGGAGACGGUUCCCCUCAGCGUCCGCUCCAACAUCAAGCUGGCGGACCUCAACGUCUUCUACCAGCAGCUGCAGCAGCACCUCGGCGACAACAGCGGCUCCCUUAGUGUGCAGAAGAUGAAGCAGUUGAAGAUGAAGGUGAGCGAUGCCAAGCUGAAGGUCCUGCAGCACCUCUCUUUAGUCGAGUUGGACAGGAAAGGCCACGUUCGUCUCGCCAUGUGAGCUGAAUUAACCAAUGGACACUGUUGAGAGGGUGGGUGUUGUUACUGGUUGUGCUGGAUUUGGCCGCUCCUCCACCUGUCCCACCUUAAGUAUGGAGGGGGAGCUUGCUGAAGGAUCAGACUGCAGAGGCUCUCAGAGGGAGGAGACCAGGGGGGGCAGACCAGAUGCAUUCAGGCCACCAGAGGUCACAGUUUCCGUCCGGAUGCUAAUUAUUCUUUGAUCAGGAUUUUAACUGAGGUAUAUAAAAACAUUAGAUUUGAAACCAAGGGCAAGAAUUGAAACGUUUCAUACCCCGCUCCUGUCUGUAUGUUGUUUUAUUAAGUGACAUCUUCUUUAAGCUCUCAAACUAAGUCAAAGAAUCUAAGUUGAGAUAAAUGCGCGGACGUCUGGUGAUGUCAAUUCUCUAUGAAUGUCUUCAUAUGUCUUCGUAUGUCUGCAUAUGUGCAAUACUGUUAUUCUUGUACUACUGUAGCAGUCUGGUUGUAUCAAUCAGUCAAGGGGAUACGUUUCUGCAACAAAUAUGGAACCGAAAGGAGAAUUAUUAAUGCCAGUAAAGGGCUAAUAGUCAUAUUCACCUACAUGUCGAUGGUCAGUGUUCAGGUGUGUAGACUGAAAUUCAGAAUAUUAAAGAUUAAAUGGCAUUCAACAUGUUUGCUUGGGCCUGUGUUUCUCUGAGAAGAGGCUGUCACAGGAAACAAAGGUCAACCAGUGGGGGGGGAUUGUGCAGAUGGUGUCUUUGUCGAUCACUUUUAUUUGCAUAUCCUCAAAUUGCACAAUGUAAAAUAAAAACUUUAGCAGAAA